AGUGAAAUUCGAGAGAUUACCCUCCUUAUACACCUCCAUGAAUGAUAAUAAUGUAAUAUAAUAAUCAUAUUUUUGUUAUCAUGUGUAAAAACAAAAACAAAUGAAAAAAAAAAAUUACAUAGUGUUUUUUUAAAUACGAUAUAUUGUUGAUUAAAAUUAAUAGUAAUUUUAAAAUUUGACUAAAAUGUGUGUUACACGCAUUUAAAAUAAAACACUUUCAAUUAAUUAGAAUGAAAAAAAAAAAUUGUUAUUGUUUUUAACAGAAUGACGGUGAUUCAACAAUGAACAAUAGAAUCUGCAAAGUAUGUUUAAAAAAAAAAUAAGUAUAUAUUUUUUUACUGUAUAAGAACUAAAGAGGUAUUUAAAAAUUAUUAUAAAUGAGUAAUCAAAUAACAACAACAACGUCAGCACACAAUGUGUUGGCUACAGUAUCAAAUGAACAAAAUUUUAAUUAUCAUGACAUUUGGAUUGUCAAUGAUGAUGACAAUGUAAAUUCAGAGAUACAAAUUUUCGAAGAUAUUGACACUUGGAAUAUAGUCUCAUUUGAUGAUAACCAAAUUGCAAUUGAUGAUUUAUCAAUACCUCCAACAACUGCAGUAGCAAAUCAAUCUGAAAAUUCAAAUUCAAUAGAAAAUAACAAACCAGUUGAAGUAAUUUUAAAUGACAAAGAUUUUAAUACGUUUGUCGUUGAUAAUCCAAGAAAAAGAUUAAAUAAUUUCGAUAAUGAUGAUUUUGUAACGAAAAAAUUUGCAUCAACAAGUACAGUUAGUAUUAAUGAAAAUUCAAUAAAUAAUAAAAUAAUUAUUUUGCCAUUAGAUGAAGAUUCACCAACAUAUCCAGCUGAGACAGAAAAACAUAAUGAACAAUCAACAAUUUCACUUGAAAAUAUUUGUCCUGUUGAAAGUGUAGAUAAUGAUACAUCACUCUUUCAUCAAGAAAAUUCAUCAAAUAACAAUGAAAAUUUUCAAGAUAAAUUGGAUAAAAUGUUAUCACGUUUACAAGAAUCAAAAAAUCAAUUUGAUGAAAAUAAUAAUCAAACAAAAAUACAUGAUCCACUUGUAAAAAAAAUGUACACAAUGUUAAAACAAGACUAUCAUGAUGCAAUAAAUUUUGAUGCAAAUGGAUAUUUAAAUAUUCACAAUGCUGUUUUGAGUAAUAAUUUAUUGACAGUUAAAAGACAAUUGUUAGUACUUCGUGGUUGUAAAUUACAUGUUGAUGUUGCUGCUAAAACUGGUGAAACUGCACUUGAAUUGGCUAUUAAAUAUGAAGUAAUUGAUGAAAUUAUUCAUAUGUUACUUGAAGCUGGUGCUGAUCCAUCAUCGUCAAGGUUGGCUCAUGAUUCUUCAUUGACAAUUGCUUGUUAUCAACAAUCACCAUUCAUUUCAUUACUCAUCAAAAAUAUUAAAAAUCCAAAGGAUUUAGAUCACAUUGAUUCAUCAGGUAUGGCAGCUAUACAUUAUUGUACUCAAAAUGGUAACAAUGAAGCUGUUGAAUUAUUGAUAAAUAGUGGUGCUGAUGUUAAUUUACGUGAUCAUAAAUCUGGCAAAACAGCUGUAUUUCAUUCAUUGGAAAAUGAACAUAUAGAAAUAACAAAAUUAUUAUUACUAAGUGGUGCUAAAACAACAAUACAAAAUUAUUCUGGACAUAAUCUUUUGACAUUAUACAAUGAAAAUAAACAUUAUGUUUUAAAAAAAUUUAUUAACAAAGUUACUAAAAAAAAAUUAUGAUUAAUUAUUGUUUUAAUUUAUAUUAAUUUUAUUGAAAAUUAAUGUUUAUUCAUUUUUUUAAUUUUAAAAUCAUUUUAUUAUGAUUUUUUAUAUUAUGAUGUUGAAUGUUUUUAAUAAAUUUAUUUUUAUUAAAUU